AAAAAUCAUUCCCCUCUCUAUAAUUACCAUAAAGUAUUUGUCAAAAAAUAACUAAUUACCAUAAAGUAAUCAUGGUUAUAAGGAAGAAACGCUAACGUUGCAUCCUUUGCAUUCAUGUGUACAUGGGUCACUCUGGUCGCGCAAUUCUGCGUCGUUGCAUGAUGCUGCAAGUGAGACUACAGUGCACCACUAGUAGCAGUUACGCCAUCGCAUGUUACGCGCGCAACGGUCAACUCGACCAUGCUCGGAAGGUGUUCGACGAAACGCCUCUCCCUCACAGAACCGUCUCUUCGUGGAACGCCAUGGUCGCCGCGUACUUCGAAGCCCGCCAACCUCGCGAGGCCCUCCUCCUGUUCGAGAAAAUGCCCCAAAGAAACACCGUUUCAUGGAACGGCCUCAUUUCGGGCCACAUCAAGAACGGAAUGCUCAGCGAGGCGCGCAGGGUGUUCGACACAAUGCCCGAUCGCAAUGUUGUUUCGUGGACCUCCAUGGUCCGCGGCUACGUGAGGAACGGUGAUGUCGCGGAAGCGGAACGGCUAUUCUGGCACAUGCCUCACAAGAACGUGGUGUCGUGGACCGUCAUGCUCGGUGGGCUGCUGCAAGAGGGUCGUGUUGACGAUGCGCGCAAGCUGUUUGAUAUGAUGCCUGAGAAGGAUGUGGUGGCGGUUACCAACAUGAUUGGAGGGUAUUGCGAGGAGGGCCGCUUGGACGAGGCGCGUGCGCUGUUUGAUGAAAUGCCGAAGAGGAAUGUGGUUACUUGGACCGCUAUGGUUUCUGGUUAUGCAAGGAAUGGGAAGGUGGAUGUUGCAAGGAAGCUUUUUGAAGUGAUGCCGGAGAGGAAUGAGGUGUCUUGGACGGCUAUGCUUCUGGGGUAUACUCAUAGUGGGAGGAUGAGAGAGGCUUCCUCGCUUUUUGAUGCGAUGCCGGUGAAGCCAGUUGUUGUUUGCAAUGAGAUGAUCAUGGGGUUUGGGCUUAAUGGGGAGGUGGAUAAAGCAAGGCGAGUGUUUAAGGGAAUGAAGGAGAGGGACAAUGGGACUUGGAGUGCGAUGAUUAAGGUGUAUGAGCGGAAAGGGUAUGAGUUGGAAGCAUUGGGUUUGUUUCGGAGGAUGCAGAGAGAAGGGCUUGCGUUGAAUUUCCCUUCGCUGAUUAGUGUUCUUUCUGUGUGUGUCAGCCUGGCCAGUCUUGACCAUGGCAAGCAGGUGCAUGCCCAGUUGGUGAGAUCUGAAUUUGAUCAGGAUUUAUAUGUUGCCUCGGUCUUGAUUACAAUGUAUGUUAAGUGUGGCAAUCUUGUAAGAGCAAAACAGGUUUUUAACAGGUUUCCUUUGAAGGAUGUUGUUAUGUGGAACUCUAUGAUCACGGGUUAUUCCCAGCAUGGCUUGGGAGAGGAGGCUUUGAAUGUUUUCCAUGACAUGUGCUCUUCUGGAGUUCCACCAGAUGAUGUUACCUUCAUCGGAGUUCUUUCAGCAUGUAGCUAUAGUGGUAAGGUGAAAGAAGGGCUUGAAUUGUUUGAAACAAUGAAAUGUAAAUAUCAAGUGGAACCUGGAAUUGAACACUAUGCUUGCCUAGUUGAUUUGCUAGGCCGAGCAGACCAGGUAAAUGAAGCAAUGAAACUAGUAGAAAAGAUGCCUAUGGAACCUGAUGCUAUUGUUUGGGGUGCAUUGUUGGGAGCAUGCAGAACCCAUAUGAAGCUGGAUUUGGCUGAAGUUGCAGUUGAGAAACUUGCACAGCUAGAACCCAAAAAUGCUGGACCGUAUGUCUUGCUCUCAAAUAUGUAUGCUUAUAAAGGAAGAUGGCGAGAUGUUGAAGUCCUUAGGGAAAAAAUAAAAGCUAGGAGUGUUACCAAAUUGCCUGGCUGUAGUUGGAUUGAGGUGGAGAAAAAGGUACAUAUGUUCACUGGGGGAGACAGCAAGGGCCAUCCUGAGCAGCCUAUUAUCAUGAAAAUGUUGGAGAAGUUAGGUGGAUUGUUAAGGGAAGCUGGGUACUGUCCUGAUGGUAGCUUUGUCCUUCACGAUGUGGAUGAGGAAGAGAAGACACAUAGCUUGGGUUAUCAUAGUGAAAAGCUAGCCGUAGCAUACGGACUCCUAAAAGUGCCAGAAGGGAUGCCAAUUAGAGUUAUGAAAAAUUUGCGGGUUUGUGGUGAUUGCCAUUCUGCAAUUAAAUUGAUUGCAAAAGUCACUGGAAGGGAGAUCAUUUUGAGGGAUGCUAAUAGAUUUCAUCAUUUUAAGGAUGGUCACUGUUCUUGCAAGGACUAUUGGUGAUUCCUUGGAACACAUAUGGCAUAAGAUGUGAAAAGAGGGUUGCUUAGUUCCUGAGCAUGAUGGACUUGGAUACCAUGUACUUUGGUGGGCUGUAUUUUACAAUCAAACUGAAGCUCCCCUUACAAAUUGCAUUGGUAACAUACAUGAAAAAUUGGAAGAGCCAGUUGACGUUAUACGAAGGGAUUUUUUUCCAACUGAAAUUUGCAUUACCUUGAGAUGUGUUUAAAGUGGAGAAUUUGCCUCCACUUGGAAAGAAUUUGAAAGACAAUCUCCCAAAGCCAGCGUAUGCUCUGGUUAUAUGAUUUAAUUGGGAAAUAUAGAUGAUUCAUAGAGAAUUUUAGGUAAAAUGCUUAUCAAUCUGGCAUCACAUUCUGUAUUAUAGACAGAAGAUAUCAUUCACAAUUUGAAGUUAAUCUUAAAUGAAUUUGUGAACAAA